AUGGGAUACUGCUAUGGCAAUGUCAAGACCCACAAGCCAGGCAACAAAUUAAGACCCAUAAUAUCCCAAAUUCCCACUCCUACCUACUACAUCGCUAAAAGAGUGUGCGCCCUCCUCACACCGUACAUUCCUACCUCCUAUUGUCUGCAGUCAGCCUCAGAUUUCAUCGAUAUCCUCAACAACAGCGACGUAGAAGGAAGAGUUGCCUCACUAGAUGUCGAAUCCUUGUUCACGAAUGUUCCAGUGGAUCGCACCAUCAACUACAUCAUGGAACGUGUUUAUCACAAUGAAGCUACACCUAAGCUUGCGAUCCCAGAAGCUGUACUCCGAGAACUGCUGGAGUGUUGCACUAAAGAAGCACCCUUUACCUGCCCCCGCGGUAACAAGUACUGCCAGGUAGACGGCGUGGCAAUGGGUUCACCUCUCGGUGUACUCUUGGCAAACUUCUUCAUGGGUUGCAUCGAGGAGGAAGUUUUCAAGAUAGUAAAAAAGCCGGAUAUAUAUUGCCGUUAUAUUGACGACAUUUUCAUCAAGACAAAGGACGCAGCCGAAGCAGAGCAUCUUAGACUUCACCUCCAAGAAACAUCUGGGCUAACAUUUACUAUGGAAAACAGCAAAGAUGGUGCCAUGCCCUUUCUCGACGUCCUAGUGCAACAAGAAGAAGGAAGAUUUACCACCAGCCUCUACACAAAACCAACGAAUCCUGGACUCUGCUUGAACGGACGAAGUGAGUGCCCCACGAGGUACAAGGAUUCCAUUAUCUCAGCCUACAUCAGAAGAGCGCUUACACACUGCAGCACGUGGAAACAAGUCCACCAAGAAAUACAGCGCUCAACUCAAGUCCUCAUAAACAACAAUUUCAGUGAAAAGGACAUCAACCGCCUAGUAAAGAAAAUUGUCGACAGCUGGCAUAACAAGAAGCAGCAAGAGGAUAAGAAAGGGAACAUCAACAUCUUCUAUAAAGCAACUUUCUCUACCGCCUACGAAGAAGAUGAGAGGGCCAUCACGCAGAUUGUGAAGAGGAACAUCAAGCCUUCCGACCCUGACAAUCAAGAAUUUGCGGCCAUCAACCUUGGCAUAUUUGAAGCCAAUCUCCUGUAG